AUGGGUGUUCCAAAGUUCUUUCGAUGGCUCAGCGAACGCUAUCCUGCCAUUUCGCAAUUGAUUGCCGAGAACAGAAUUCCCGAGUUCGAUUGUCUGUACUUGGAUAUGAAUGGCAUCAUUCACAAUUGUACCCACAAGGAUUCUGAUUCCGUCUCCUUUCGCAUGACUGAGGAUCAGAUGUUCAUCGCCAUAUUCAACUACAUCGAACACCUCUUCGGAAAAAUCAAACCAAAGCAACUUUUCUUCAUGGCCAUUGAUGGUGUGGCACCAAGAGCAAAGAUGAACCAGCAAAGAUCUCGUCGUUUCCGAACUGCACUCGAAGCCGAAAAGGCCCGCGACAAGGCUAUCAAAGAGGGUCUUGAAAUGCCCAAGGACGAUCCAUUCGAUAGCAAUUGCAUCACUCCGGGCACUGAGUUCAUGGCCAAGCUCACGAAGCAACUAAAAUACUUCAUCAGUAAGAAGGUGUCUGAAGAUGUCGAUUGGCAAGGUGUUGAGGUGGUCCUGUCAGGCCACGAAGUACCUGGUGAAGGAGAACACAAGAUCAUGGAAUACAUUCGUCAGGCCAAAGCUCAGCCAGGUUACGACCCCAAUGUCCGCCACUGCUUGUACGGUCUCGACGCUGAUCUCAUCAUGUUGGGACUUCUUAGUCAUGAUCCUCAUUUCUGUCUCUUACGUGAAGAAGUCACGUUUGGCCGUCAGUCCGGCAAGAAAUCCAAAGAACUCGAACACCAGAAUUUUUAUCUCAUGCAUUUAUGUAUUGUCAGAGAAUAUCUUGAACUUGAGUUUCAGGAAUUACAACAAGACGGCGCUCUCACUUUCCCUUACGAUUUGGAACGAGUUAUCGAUGACUUUAUCUUGAUGGCAUUCUUUGUGGGCAACGAUUUCCUACCUAAUCUUCCGAAUUUACACAUCAAUGAAGGAGCGCUGGCGCUCAUGUUUCAGAAAUACAAAAAGAUUCUUCCCUCGCUGGGUGGCUACAUCAAUGAACAUGGUGUGAUCAAUUUGAAGCGUCUCGAAGUACUUUUGGACGAGUUCUCUGAGGUGGAACAUCGCUUCUUCGAGGCUGAUUACUCCGAUGCCAAAUGGAUCAACGCCAAAAGAGAUCAAUCUGCCGAGAUCGAACCCAUCAAAGCCCGGGGCGGGCCAGUCAGAAUUACGCCCGAGCAGAAGAAAUUGUUCAAAGAGAUCAAGAAGUAUUUCAUCUCACCUGUGAACAAAGACAAAACUACCAAGAUCCCGCUCGACUUGCCGUCUAUCCUCCCCGCAAGAGACCGCAAAUUUGUUCAGCAGCUUGCCGCAGAUCUCAACCUGCAAUGGUCAACUCAGGAGAAUUCCAACGGCGACCGAUUCAUCCAACUCCAAUUUCCAGAUACAUUGGCAGGAUCAACCAACGCUGAUGACGACGACUCUGAAGAUGAGGAGUCUCAACUGGCGAUUAUGCGAAUCUUGAAGCGAUAUGAGAAUGCCAAAGUUGAGGAAGCUACGGAUGAACAAGCCCAACAAGAUAUGAAGAAGAAAUACGAUCAGAAAUUCUUGGAGUGGAAAGACACUUAUUACAAAGAAAAGUACCCUUGGGGUAUCGAAAAUGAGGCAGAACUGAAAAUCUUGACAGAGAAUUAUGUCCAAGGUCUGCAGUGGGUGCUCUAUUACUAUUACCGAGGUGUUGCCUCCUGGCCAUGGUAUUACGCCUCGCAUUACUCCCCGAUGAUAUCCGACGUCAAAAGAGGUCUUGGCGCGAACUUGGACUUCACCUUGGGUCAACCAUUCAGGCCAUUCCAACAGCUCAUGGGUGUCCUACCAGACCGAAGCAAGAAGAUCGUACCCGAAGUCUACCAUGAGCUGAUGACAUCGAAGGAUUCACCCAUCAUCGACUUUUACCCACGUGACUUCAAUUUGGAUAUGAAUGGCAAGAAACAGGAUUGGGAAGCAGUGGUCAAGAUUCCGUUCAUCGAUGAGAAAAGACUUCUCAGUGCCAUGGGACCGAAAGACCAACUACUUAGCGACGACGAGAAACGACGCAACGAUUUUGGAGUCAGUCUGAAAUUUACCUACUCCCCAGACAUCGACUACACCUAUCCUUCAUCGCUCAUCGGCAUAUUCCCUGAUCUUCCGCAUUGUCACUGCAUUCAGAAUGAAUUUGAGCUUCCCACCAUGGAUGGUCUCGAACCAUAUGCAGGGUUGGUUGAUGGUGUAAAGCUUGGAGCCGCCGCUCUGGCUGGUUUUCCGAGCGUGAAAUUCCUUCCGUUCACCGGUUCCUUAGGGUUUCAUGGGGUCAGUGUUUUCCAGCAGGACAGUCGUAAUGAGAGCAUGGUUAUCACACUUUCUGGUACCGAAGCGCGCACAAAGGUCGAAUAUGCCAAACAACUAUUGAACCAACGCGUCUAUGUUGGAUACCCAUUCCUCCAAGAGGCCAAGAUUGUCAAAGUCUCAGAUGAGUUGUUCGACUAUACCUUAAACGAAAAUGGGCCUCGUCAGGUAAAAGCAACUGAGCAUUCUGGCAACGAGAUUGACCAAUUCCAUAAGAAGGUGGAACGUAUCGACAAAUGGUACAGCAAGAGGCUUGGAAUGCUGAUCGGUGAUAUUGAGACCCUUGUGCAAGUCGAGAUGCUCAAAGGACUCAAGAAGCUCGAUGAUGGAUCCACUGUCAAGGAGUUCGCCGAGCUUCCAGGGACAGAAACCAUUCAUGCCGCACAACUUGUGGUCGAUCGUGUUAUCAGCGAAGAUGUACGAUUCAUUGAGCAAGCCGCCCUUCCAAUCGAGGAGGAAUUCCCAGACGGUACAAAUGCAUUCUUCCUUGGGGACUAUGCUUAUGGCCGGCCACUCAGUGUGACCGGCCAUGAAGGUGGGAAAGCGAAAUGUCUCGUUGCAAUGUCCAAAGGGCAGCAACGAGAGUUUGGGCGUGAGAUCGCUCUCCAAGCAGAGAAGCUGUCCCCAUACACACCAUCCUAUCAGAUUGCGCGCAGCCUGAAUUUGAAUGGCCUCGCGUUGGCCAAAAUUACUUCAUCUUUCUCUGUCACAGUUGAUGGAGCCAGAGUCAAUCUAGGCCUGAAUCUCAAAUUCGAGGCGAAGAAACUCAAGGUGCUUGGCUACUCACGGAAGAGUGAAAGUGGAUGGGAAUUUAGUCGUGCGGCAAUCGAACUCAUUCAACAAUAUAUGAUCAAAUUCCCGGACUUUAUUGCUGGCAUUCACAACAACCCCCAAGGUGAUAUGCUUCCAGCAACCUCCUACUUCCCUGGUGAUGAAGCAACUGCCAAGUCUAGGAUUAGGGAAAUACAGGCCUGGUUGAAAGACAUUGAGUCCAAGAGCUUCGAGAAGGUGCCUCUAGAAGCUCAACAGUUAGACUCGGAAAUUGUCAAGCGAAUUGAACACGCUGCGGAUGAAGCACUCCGAACAGAGCCACCCUCAAUCAACAAGACCCUUGGUGGCGUUCCUCGAAAUGGUCUUCUGAAACCAUCAGACGCGCAAUGGCGUCUUGGUGGCCAAAAAUUCAGCCUUGGAGAUAGGAUUAUUUAUGUCGCUGACUCUGGCAAAGUGCCUAUAGCCUCCAAAGGAACCGUUGUCGGGCUCACACAGACAAGCAGAGAAACUCUCUUGGACAUUGUAUUUGAUGUUUCAUUUAUGAGCGGAACAUCUCUGGGAGAUCGUUGUUCCCCGUUUCGUGGCUCAACUGUUCCAACCUGGUCGGCGCUCAAUCUCACACACCGUCAAGUGCUAGCAUCGUCCAAAGCAAGUGCCAACCGAAACACAAAUGGCACAAUGACAACCCCACUCACCGUUUCUGGAUACGGACAACCUGGGAUCGAUGGCAAGGGGCAGUAUCGACCUGCGCAAGCACCACCUGCGCUACGGGGCUCCUGGCGUGGAGCCGUGGCUGGUCAGCCAAAUGGUCGAGGUGCACACAACGGUACAGGGCAAUCACAGACAUUGCCAUUCCGAAAUAGCAACAAUUCUUAUGCGAAUGCACACCAGGCCAAUGGCACCAACGGCCGAACUGCGUCGAAUCGUGGCUCAACACGUGGAAUGGCGACUCAUGCAACUCGGGGCGGCUAUCAAUCUGUUGAUCGAGGUGAUGCUACUACAGGCGUCAUUCAGAACAAUCCCAACUUCCGAGCUCGUUCUCAGAAUAAUGUUCCACCGCCAGCCAGCUUGAACACCCCUAACGCACCCCGCGGUCGUGGGAGAGGACGAGGAGGUCCACCAAGAGGAGGAGGCCGGGGUCCAACAACAAGAGGAGACAGAGGAGCUUGA